AGGCAGAAGCGCACAACAAAUAGCUGACGAAACGGGUUGGCUACUGAAACGACAAUGGGAUUUUUUCGCCGCCGAUGUAAUAAACAGUGCAGUGCCAGUACAAGACACAGUUCACAUAGGCGCAAAAUUUCGAACGCGGUUACUGAAAAGAGACCGAGCUACAUUUCUCACAAUAGGUAAAGGGAUUGCUUCGGUGUCUGACCUUGAACAACUCUUAACAGAAGUUACCAAAGGGCAGCACCACUUAAAAAAUGGUGAUCUAAAUUUGCACGACAAAAUGAAUUACGAUGCUGUAAGAAGACUGUGUGACCCUUGUGUCACUGAUAUUCUGUGCGACAAAGUAGCAGGUUCAGAAGUAACGUGCUUCUAUCUUAAGCUAAUGAGACUAAUAACAGCAAGUUAUUUGGAUAAAAGCUUAUCACCACUAGACAGAAUAUAUGGAAUAUGGUAUUCUUGUCUCGCUUUACGGUAUUGGCGACAUUGGCUUCAAGAAAACGGAUACAAACUAGAUAUUAAUUUCAUCACCCUCAACGCGUACAUGUGUGUUGAGAUAAAUGCCCACUCCUUAGUCCUCAUAUCAAGGAGACUAAGAGAGAAUGGAACUCCUCAUCUGUUUCGGCCGUGGCAUUUUGGGAGUCAGAGCUGCGAAUCUUUUUUUCGACUUGUCCGGUCGUUGACUUCAACAGAAUCGACCCAAGUAAAUUUAAGUGGAAAAGGUUUUUUCAGUCGUAGCGAGAGAGCGGAUGCCGCAAACCAACUUCUGGGAGAAGGAGAAAACGAUGGAGUUUAUUUCCCGAGGUUUACUCAUGCUUUUGAAGACCAGAGCCAAGACGAUGGCAAAAAUAUUUCUUUCAAUCUUCCUUCUCAUUUACCCUCCGAUGAGGAAAUCGAACGUAUAAUUCGCAAGGCCAUGGUAGAUGUUGACCAUCAGUUUCAAUUAUUAGGUGUGAAAAUGAGAGGAAAAAAGAAAUUUAUGUUCAAUCAAGAACUAGUUCAACGAAUCAAUGUGUCUCGAAAAGAUAAGGAACACCCUGCAGCAUUGAUUGAUAGCAACUUGCUGUUGGAGUUGGAUGACUCCGGUGCAGAAGAAACAGCGGUCGAGGAAAACGUCCAGCCAUGUCCUGACGCGGGUGAUGAAUAUGACAUAGAUGUACUGAAGUCUCUUGGAAUGGCCCAGCUAAGAGAUUUUUCUCAUUUGGUUUCUCGCCAGCUUGAGUCUAGCGCUUUUGCUAGUAUCAUUUGUAAUAAUGGAUCGCAAAUUGUCGUUAAAAAAGCGCGGUCGUGUGGUUUUGUGAAAAUUCAGUUCGGCGAUUAAGCAAUGAUCGCACUUUACGAGUCAUGCAGUUGGCAAAUUUUUCCGAAAGAAGAAAAGUAAAAAUAACUUCUGUUUCAACUCGAAAAGUUGUACAAAUUGGAGACUGGUGUCUUUUUCGGAAUUUGGAAGGGAAUGGUUUUUUUUUGGGGCGAGUUCUCUCUUUUGCAUACUUUAACAGCACUAAAAAAUCUAUUUCCAUGUUUGAAUGGAUAGUUGAUCAAAAAGACCAUGAGGUUGGGGUACUCUGCAUAUGGUAUAAACUAGAUAUAAAUCAAUCUAUAUUUUCGGGAAAAUUAAUCGAAGUACAUGUCCAUCAUGGUUUUCACCCUUGUGUUUCGUAUAUUUGUAGUUGUCCUUCUCCAACAUUUACGUUUGAUGCCCAAGGUUCAAAACAAUUGUUUUUUACCAAUGCAACAGUUAACCAACUAUCAAAUUUUCUCAAGGACAUGACAUUAUCAAGGGACUAAAUAAACUAUUCCGACUCACUACA